UGACACUGCUGCCUGCUUCACCGUGCUCUUCACAUUCCUGUUCCAGCCUGCUAAGCAGAUCACCUGGAGCACCUGUCUGCGGACUUCCACACUACCUACGGCUGGUCGCUCCGCACCUGUCCGCAGAACUUCUCUUUCAAUCCCCACUGAGACUGUCACCUCAGCUGGGCACUGUGAGCCAUGCUGUAUACGGAGCUGAUCCGCCUGUGGGACGAGGCGGUGCAGGCCGUGGACUCGCGUGACUGGCAGGGGGCGCUCUCCAAACUGUCCGAGAUCACAGAGCCCACGUCCCGCACACUGUUUGUCAGCGCCUGCGUCUACCUCGCCCUGGGCCAGCUGGAGCCCGCCAUCAAGGCUCUGGACCAGGCCAUCGCUAAGGAUGAGCGGCUGGCAGUGGGCUUCUUCCAGAGGGCGGGGGUACACAUGCUGGCAGGCAGGCUGGAGGAGGCCAUGAGCGACUGCAUCUGGGCUCAGCAGCACAUGAGAGGGAACUCCGUCAUCGACUACAGGCAGCUGGGUCUCCGCUACAAACUCCAUGGCUGGCAGGUCUUGUAUAAUGCAGCGGCUGUCCACUGCAGGAUGGGUCUCUGGGACAAAGCCAUCAACCUGCUGGAGGGAGCCUCACAGGAGAAAGGUGGAGGACGAGGGGGUGCCCUGGAGGCGGCCCUGGAGAGUGUCUCUAGACGCGAGGUGCUGGCCCCCCUCCUGGUGCCAGAGGGGGAAGUAUUUCGCCCCAGGAAACAGGAUGUGGAGCAGCUGCAGCAGAGAGACUUCCUGGGCAAAGCCAAGGUCAUUUCCUCCAUAAUUCCCAACGAUGACUUUGGUGGUUUUGAACCACUCAGGCUGCAGAAACCAGGUUACUACGAGCCCAAGGUGGACGGAGCUCAGGAUUCUCGUUACAUGCGGCUUCGUGGGACCUACAUGGCCAGAAGCCCCGGGGAGCUGACCGUUCCCGCUGGAGGAGUGGUGUUUCUGUUCAGCGAAGGGGGCAGGGAUGGCCUCGCCACUGUCUUCUUCGACGGAAAGAGAGGCCUGCUGCCCAUGUCUAUGCUGGAGCCUGUGGAUGUCACCAGCCUCAAAGGCAAGAAGAAAACAAGGAGUGUUCCCAAUGGGAUCCCACUCCCACCAGGCCUAAAGCCUCCCACUCGCCCAAAGGCUCGGCCCAGCCCAGCAGCACCACAGCCGGUGUCUCCAAGUCUUGGAUCCCCACCUGCCUACACAAGCCAUCCGCCCUCCACCACCUCCACCCCACCCCCCGAGUACCCAUCUGUAGUAGACAGCCCCACUGAGCAGGGUCCUGGGUCAUCACAGGGGGAGGAUGGGGGAUCGGUCAUGGUGAAGGUGCACUUCAGCUACACCCUGGCUCUGAGUGUCCCAGUGGACACACCGUACAGCGAACUGCAAGAGCGAAUCGCCCGCAAAGUGGGGCAGCCGGCCUCACACCUGCGGCUCAGACACAGACAGCAUGGCUCCCAGGUCCUGAAGCCCCUAGAUGGAGGGGCGGGGCUUCGCGCACUGCUGGAGGGGGCGGAGACUAGCCGGGCCACGCUCUGGUGUCAGGCUGAAGAUCCUCUCCUGGGCAGAACUAUUCUCUACCAGGUGGUGGCACUGUAUGACUAUUCUGCACAAGGCCCAGAGGACUUGGAGUUCAGUGAGGGAGACACCAUAGACAUCCUGUCUGAAGUGAAUGAGGAGUGGCUGGAGGGACACACGGGUGGGAGCAUCGGCAUCUUCCCCAGGUGUUUCGCCUACUGUGACUCGGAGGGCACCGGCAGCAGCGCCAGCGGGGGCACGUGACGGGAGUGAAUGCGGAAAUCACGUGACCACGUCAUGUGACCUCUUACACUACAAGUCCAAUCAUCCAGAUGUCCGGCAGUCAGGCCGCUGUCAAAGUCUGUGAUUAUUACCCACACCACACUAAGAGGUGGUUCUGUCGGGAAGGGGUCUGCUCCCUCUCGGGGGAUCGGGGGACUCUGAAUCUACAUGUCUGUUAUUUUCAGGGUAACAGGUUGUCGAGUUUCUGCUGUUUACUUUUUACUUCAUUGCGUCUCUGUUAUGUAUUCAGCUAUGAUGAUUUCAAAAUAUAUCUAUCAUU